ACCGCCCCGCCGUUCGAGCCCGGCGGCUAUUCCCACUUCGCCAGUGGCCCGGUGCCAUGCCACGCCACACACGGCACACACGACACACAACUCAUGGCGGACGCCACGCCCACGAAACCCAGCAAGAAAGGUUCCUCCGAGCCCGCCGUCCUCUAUGACGGCGCCAAGGCCAAGACUAAGUCCAAGGCCGUCGUCCACGCCGACACCGAGGACGGGCAUGCCGGCGAUGCGGCGAGUCCUGCUCCUGCCCACCGGACCCGGCUUCUGCGGUGCGCGUGCUGCGGCCUGGCCGCGCUCGCCGCGUUGGCCGCCGUGGUGAUCCUCGUCCUGUCGCUCACCGUGCUGCGGGUCCGGGACCCUGACCUGACCAUGGACUCCGUCACCGUGGAGCGCUUCCACGUGGGGUUCGCGGCGGUUCCCGACGGCCGCCCGCCGCUGCGGAUCAACGCGACGCUGGCCGCUUGGAUCAUGAUCCGGAACCCAAACUACGCGUCCAUGCGCUUCGGAGCUAGCACGACGGAGAUCUUCCUGGACGGCGUGCCGGACCGCGUGGGCCUCGGGAGCGCGCCGCCAGGGGAGUCGUCGGCACGGAGUGCCAGCCGAGUGCGCGGCAGCAUGGACGUGUUCGUCGACAGGGUCGCCCCAGCCGUGGUCGGGGAGGUGCUGUUCGGCCGCGGCGAGGUGUGGCUCACCAGCCGCACGGCCAUGGACGGCAAGGUGAGCGUGCUCGGCGGGCUCUACGGGCGGCGCACGGUGCGCGUUGUCAUGCGGUGCCGCGUCGUGCUGCACGUGUCCGCGGUCGUCGUCGUCGCUGGCUCCCCUUCAUGUGUGGCGGAGUUCGGCCGCUGACAUCAUCUCAAUGCACAAGCAAGCGAGCAUGUGCCGCUACUCUGUUCGUACUAGCAGUUUCUCUUUUCGGUCAUCCAAACCCUCCCUGCCCCGUGAGACGAAUCUGACACCAUCUUUGUUUUCGUUACUUGCAGUAAUAUGUUGAACAUUUAUUCUAA